AUGUUCUGUCUUCGAAGCUGGAUACCCAUACUUUUCUUCCUGCAUAGAACAAGUGCGUCCCCCGUCUACCUCGUCCUCUUCGUCUCGGCGACCUACUUCCUCAACCGCCCCUGCGUCUACUGCUCCCUCCUCCUCGCCAUACUCGUGGUCUCCCUCUUCGACUUCCAUACCGCAUGGUUCGAGCCGCAGCUGCCGGCCGAAGAUGCCUCCUCGGACCCCAGAAACACAACAAUGCCGCUCAGAGACCCGCUUGUAGAGACGGCUUCGAUUCUCGCGUCGGCGGUUAACAGUACGGCUACGACGGUUAUCAAGGCGGCGGCGGAUACGCUGCGCAAGAAGGCGCCACCAGUGCCGCAAAUUAGUGGAGGAGCGGGAUUCGAGUGGGCGAAGGGCUUGGUGGGGAAGAAGGAGUGGCGGAUACCGUGUCUGGAUGUUCUUGUGCGGAUCUGA